CAGAAUAUAACUUGCCUCGAAGAGUUGCCUCUAUAAAUCAUUUUUUUUGUAGUGAGACCAAGGAUUGGAAGGUAGCCCAGACAAUGCAACAUGUGAAUCAUCAUUAGCUUCAGGCCAUCAGAACGAGCAAGUCUCUAGUAUGAUGAAAACGGCAAGUCUCUGUGACUCUGGUGUUACCUUACCCGCUCCUGUCCUUUCGGUUUCUAUUCCACAGGUUCCUCAAGCAACAAUGACAUCUUCUGCUCCGUCUGCUUUUAUCCCUACAUCAAAUCAACCUUCAUCAUCAAAGAAGGAAUCAUCAAAGAGAAAAGAAAAGCGAGAUACUUCCGAGAAAGUUAGAGCUUAAUCUGCCGCUGACUUGUCGUUGCUAGAAUGGGUUGAACAGGAUGAAAAAGAAAAACUUCAAGGGAUAAGCAAUGAAGAAGCUCUCACUAAGCUGAAUUACAUCCGAGAAAUGAAGAAGAAAGCUUGUGAAGAUCGUAUGGAGUUGGAACCUGAAGAAAUAGCUCAUGGUGAAUUCUGCGACGAUCCUCUACUUGAUCUGAAUCAUGUUAAACAUCCGAUCAAGAGAUGUCCCAAGGAAUCCAAGAUAAAAGACAAGUUCGAGACACCUUGGCAAAACGUCACAAUUAUUGUCCCAUUUCAAGAGGAUCUGAGACCGAGGAUUUGGAGAAAUGAAAAGAGUAUCAAGAAGAUUGAUGAGCUUGAGUUGAGAAGACUGAAACAUCUUGAAGGCACCGCAACUUCUGGACACAUAUGGAUGCUAAGGAACAUGUCUACAGAUCAGAAUGAUCCUUAUGGACAUCGUGAGCGACAGAAGAAACAUUCUGAUUCUCUUAUAACAGGAAUGUGAGAUUAAAAGAUCUUCCACAGAAAGACAAAGAACUAGGCCUCAAUGCCAUCAAGAGAUUCAUGAUGCGUCAGAUCAAAUAUUAUUCUCUUUUUUAUCUAUAGAUGGGCAUUGAGAGCAAUUACGGCAAAGUGAAUCUAACUGUUCCGAGAAAUAGAGCUCCCUGGAUUGAAAAUUUUGAAGAAGGUGCCAUCACUACACAUCCAGAGAUAGACAUCAUUUAAAAAGAUUACAAAGGCAUCAAGCGGAUCCUGCUCUUGGACGAAAAUCAAAAGUAUUGCGAUGGUACGCUCUGAAUCAUAGAAGAACUUCUGGAACAAGCUGCACUGCAAUUGAAAAAUUCAGAGGAUCCAGAAGACCCAAUCCAGAUUGCACUCAUUGGAGACUUUGCAGAAGCCAUCAGUAUCCGACUCGACUUCAGAAGAACUCUCAGACAUUAUGAAGUGAUACUUGGCUAUAGAAAAUCAUUGUACAAGACUCAGAGAUAACUAGCGCUUCAUCGACAUUUGAACAUAAAGGGGGAGAAUGUUAGAAUAUUAUUUUAUUGUAUUCAAAUUAAGUGUAUUUUAUUUAAUGAGUCUUUAUAAUUAAUUAGAUUAGUUGAGAGAGAAUUAGACCCAUUUAAUUGUGCUCUAAUAAGCCCACACACCUAAGCUGUCGUUUCCUAAUUGUAAUAGGGCAGUUCGAACCACUCCCUAUAAAUACAGGCUGAGAUGGCUCAAAUCAGCUCUAAGUCUCUA